UUAAGAGCUUCUAGGAUAUCCUUUAGUCUUUUAUUAUUUUUUUGAAACUAAUUCCCGGCUUCCAGCAUACUUUCAUUAUGCUAACUGGCCGCUUUUUUCCGCCAGACACUCUUCCAGUCGGUCUGCAACAUUUGUCCGGCCCAGAGUGCCACGAAUUGGUUCAAGCCAGUCCGAAGCCGACUUUAUUUGUUUCCCAAAGUGUGUGAAGUUUUUUUUUUAAGACCAAUGCUAAAGUGCUAAUUUUUUAAGUGUUUAUGCUCGGCUGGUGUGGAAAUUUAAUUUAAUAAUAAUAUCUAUUAAAUAUAUAAUAUAUUUAAUAUAAAAUAUAAUCACGUGCUUGAACCUCUCUUAUCAGUACUACUCUUUUUUAAACUCAUUACUGAUAACUGAUAAUUGUAAUCAGAAAUGAAAAAUUCCCCAGAAGAUGAAAACUUUAAAUGAAUAUAUAUUUCAUUCGGAUUCUGUAUUUCUUAUCUCUGGCGUUGUAACACGUUUAUAAGGCCAGCACAAAAAAAAUAGAAAAAAAUACAAAAAAAAAUAUAAAUAAAAAACAGAAUCAUAAAGACUGUGAAGAAUAAUAACAACAACACUAUAAAUAAAAUGCACAUAAAUUACAGAAACUAUAAAGCGAAAAGAAGCAAACAUCCACAAUACAAUAUAAAUAGAUAUAAACAGCUUUGUUGCUGUUUACUCAGUGAUUAAAUAAAUAAAAAAUAAAAAACAAAUGAAUUAAAAGGCUUUGAAUUCCAGGGCGAAUUCAGAGAAAAUUCAAGGAAUUCUGAAAUCAUUGAAAAGUGUUUACAAAAAAAAAGAAUUUUAAGAAAAAAAAUACUAGAAAUAUUUUUAUAGCCUUGCAAUAAAAUAUAAUUAUAUUAUAAUUUAAAUAAAAUAAAAAUUAAAGAAACUUACAUGUAAACUUAAGAUCUACAGAUCCUUUACAUAGGAUUUUACAUAGGAUCUACAUAUGUACAUUCCACAGUACUUAUGGUCCACUUAAAUGCCAUCACUAACUAACGGUGCUUUCUGCAACCGACGCCGCAGGCUCCGCAAGCCUUAUAAGGCAAUCACACACAUACACACACAUACACGGAAAGGGACAUUCCGAAAAAGCGACUUUUUUCAAUGAAAUCACUUUUAAAACUUAAUGACAACACUUUUAAACACUAACUGGAUAUACAAGGGCUUUAUUUAGUUAGGGAUUACCCCUUUUUAAAGACCAAAACACACACAAAACUACGAUUUUCCAAAAAGGACGCACAAAACAAACAACAAAAAAAUACAGUCGCCGGUAGCCGGCUCUGAUCUUUUGAAUUUGCAUUUUAAAUGCUAUUUCUCCAUUUUUCCAUUAAUCACAACACCAUUAGACAUUAAAUUAAACAACUAUUUUAUUUAAAACACUGACAAAACACUCACAAAACUAAAUUAAAAACACAAGCAAGGAUUUAAAAUGCAACUGAUCAUGGUGGCUGGCGAAGAUGGGGAAUGGGGGAGGGGACAAGUGCAGCUAAAGGUGACACUUUGCCAGCUCACCAAUACCGAUACUUUUUUUGAUUAAUCGAUAUCAGGUGAUUGGCGCCAAUUCAAACUUUAUUUGAAAUAUAUGUAGUUCUACGUUUCGCAAGGCUAUAAAACUAUGUAUCAUUGAAUAGAUAUUCUUACAACAACAACAAGACAAUAAUAAAUUAACCAAUUGAUAUCAAUAAAAAACAAAGAGUACAGAGGCUCAAUAAUAAAAAAAAAGGAGAAUCGAACGCAAGUUGAUAUCAAAAUGCGCGCUGUAUAUGACUUGUUGCUGAGCAACGCCUUCGAUCCCAGCAUGGUGCUCCAGAACCACAACACCGUGGUGGCCCGCUCCACCCUGACCCCCAACAGCAGCAGCCAGAACUUCGGCUCCCACUCGAUGGCCCAUGGCUCGGGCGCCUCCGGGCGGAGUCCGUUGAACGGCGGACCCAGCACCCAGCGUCCCAUCGUGGACCUCCUGGUGGCCAUGGUGGCUGUUCCCGUCCUCAUCCUGUGCGCCCUCCAGCUGGAGAAGAAUCUACGCGAUGAGGAGUCCCGCUGGCUGGUCUUCGCCCUCGGCAUUGGCAUGCUCAUCAUCUGUGUGAUCAUCUGCGGGUAUGUGACCCAUCGCAUGGGAGUCUGCAUCUGGGCAGGACCCAUUGAUGAGGCGGGAAACAGAGCCGGUAGCGGAAAUAUGCCACAUAUCAACUCCCAGAACGAUGUCCUGCGCAUUGUGGACUCACUGCCGCCGAGCUAUGAUAGUGUGGUGAAGUGUGAGCUGCCACCGCCGGCCUACGACUGCCUGGUAAUAGAUCUGGAUCUGGUUAAGGAUCUGGAACCGCCACAGACAUCGGCCAAGUCGUGUGCCGGCAGUUCCUCAUCCAUACCAGGUGCUACUCUGCAUAUUUGAAGACCAGGAUCAGGACCAUGAUCAGGACCAGGAUUAGGAGGAGAGAGAAUCUAGAGAUUUUUCCACAAAAACAAAAAAAAAAAAACAGGCAGCACAAUGGAUUUUCUGUACUUGAACUAUUUAAAGACCUCUGGAUGUGGGAGAGAUAUGGAAGAAAUACUCCAUCCCAGAGGUCUGUAGCUAGGGGAUAUAUAACACCUAUAUAUACCCGAUCAUAUAUCAAUAUCUAAGCAUUAAUGGCAUUGUAUUUACUUUGUUUUUAAGCAUCUAGUAUUGUAAUUCGUAGACCAUUCUAUCAUUACUUCUCUCGCAUUGUGUAUAUAGUCCUCCGACCAUAGCAUCUAGUCCAAAGUUGGAUAUAUAUAUAAUAUAUAUAUAAUAUUACUUACUGAAUGCCAGGAACCAAACUACAGGGUAGCAGCCUAGCAAUUAGUUUUAAAAAAACACACAUUUAAAAUUCAUUCAGAACAAAAAGAAAAGAAAAAAAACCUGUAUAUAAUUAUAUAGAUUACGAUAAUAUUACGAUCACUAUUACCAUAACGAUUAACGAUUAACGAUAAUAUCGAUAGCCAUAACGAUAGCCAACAAAUGUGAAAAAAAAAUCUUUGUUUGUUGCUUUCCAGAAAUAAAGAAUUCCUAUUAAGUUUA